AUGAACAACGAGACCAACGGCACCCUGGGCACCCUGAUGAAGAUCGCCAAGGACUGGCGAACCAAGAAGAAUCUGGAGACGGAGACUUUACAGUCUCCCCUCCGCACGGUUCAGGUGGCCAGCAUGCUUCGAGAGGUGAUGAACUUGGCUCAGCAAGCCGUCGCCACGGAGGAGGCCAAGGCCAAACAUGUCCAGACCGAAUGGCUCGCGAGCACCGGGGCCUGGAACUACCGCAUCUGGAAUCACACCGAGCGCAAACUUCAGGUCGAUCCAGGUCGAACGCCCCUCCAACACGACGAGGCCAUCCGCUUGUUGACCUUCCUGCUCCAGAACUUAAAGGGAGAGGCUAUCCAAAAAUUCGCAGCGACGCAACAGAUGAGUAUUCUGGAACAGCAAGGGUCGCAGUUCGCCACCUUUCAUUUGGAGGUGUCCCUCCAGGGACGCACAGCCAACGAAAUCUACGAAACAAUGGAGAAGCUGACUGGAUGCACGCUGCUGAAUCUCAUCGGCGUCUCGAUGAAGAAAGAUUCCCUCCCCCAUAUGCCUCUGGCCAAGAAGCUGGGAGACAAUGGGAGUCCAGAGGUCUUUCUGCAGAAGGUCUGGCUUUGCACCAGCAGGUUCCAACAUCGAGCCGGGGGCAGCGUGGUGAAGCUUCAACAUGCAUACCUCAUGCCCCACACACUGAGCAUUCCUGUUUUCAACCACCUUAACAACCUUGAAGUGGACUGGACAACAUAUGACGUUGCAGCCUACAUUCAACAUCAUGGACCGGAGCCAACUUCCGGACACUACACGACGGUAGUCCGAGACAGGGAGCACCUUUGGCUUUUGGACGAUGAAAAACAGCCGUCCCGACUCGCAUCAGCUGAGAUUGAUCACGUCAGCACCAACAUGUACAUUCUCGUGCUUGUGCAAGCUCUUAGUGUGCAUGACCAUGCAACUCGCAGUCUGAGGGAGGAGGACAUCAGCUGGUUCACGAGCCGAGUCAUGCUACUCAGAAUGCAGAUCGAGGGACUGGCAGAAGGAUUGGAGGCACUUCAACAGGCCUUCAUACGCCUCGAGGCCCGAGUACACCAAUUGGAGCUGCGACAACCACCGGCGGCACCAAUGGCACGAGUCACCAGCAAUAAAUGUUCCACGCAGUGGCGCACACCACUGCUGAGCAUCUCGCUGGAAACCAUGGAUGACUAA